AUGGAUAACGCGGAUGCAGAUUAUAGUCUUAUAGAAACCAGCGAUCCCAAUGCGCAAAAUAGUAGCAGUAUGAAUAAUAUGGAUAGCGCUAUUGUAAAAUCACGCUAUAGUGAGCUAAUGUCAAUUUUGAGUUUUAGAAAAAAUAAAAAUUCUAAUCCAACCAUUUGGCCUAUCUAUAAACUCAUAAUUUAUGCUCAUGUAGCUACGAUUAUGAGUACUGUUUUUUUAGUUGGGCAGAUGAUUUACAUCAAGACUACAUCAUCUGAUGGGCAUCUGUAUACAGGCCAUCUACAAAUGCGGAUUAAUGGAGUUGCUAUUAUAAUAUCCCAGCUCAUUAAAUACUAUAUAGUCCGACAUUUUAUCCACAAUGGGAUAAUUGGUUUAAGUUUUAAAAAAAUCUACUUGAGAACACUUUAUUUUACAAUUAGUGUUAGUGUUAUAUGUCUCGUGUUUUUUAUACCACUUGGAUAUUAUUAUGAAUGCAAAAAAACACAAAAUGCAGAAAAAUUUAUAGCUCUAAUCUCGCCAUCAUAUCUAGGGUGGGCUAGCUUCGGUAUGGAGCGAUUGGAAUUAUUAUUUAUUUUCUUCUUUAUAUAUAUUGGUCAAAUAGUAGCACGUCUAAAAAAAUUUCUUACUGUAUUUAGAACAUUUUUGUAUUUCAUUAUAAACAUAGCUUUAUCUAUAGCAUUCUCUGUGCUGUGGUAUAAAUAUUAUGAAGCAAUAAGGCCUAUUCAUCUCUUGUUACUUAAAGAGGCUCUAUUUAAAAAUGCCACUGCAGUAACAGAACAGCCUUAG